AACAUAUUUCGUUCGGGGCGGUGGCUUUUGGGCAGAAGGAGAAUUAUGAGGAUAGUGACGUACAACGUCAAUGGCCUGAGGCAACGCAUCUCCCAGUUUGGUUCUCUCCUCAAAUUGCUUGAUUCUUUCGAUGCCGAUAUCAUUUGCUUUCAGGAAACCAAAUUGAGAAGACAGGAGCUUACUUCGGAUUUAGCUGUGGCAGAUGGCUAUGAGUCCUUCUUUUCUUGCACUCGCACCAAUGACAAAGGCCGCACUGGCUACUCCGGUGUUGCUACUUUUUGCCGUGUAAAGUCCGCUUUUUCGAGCGACGAAGUGGCAUUGCCGGUUGCAGCCGAGGAAGGUUUCACUGGGCUUGUGGAUAGUUCUAGAAAUGGGAAAGCCGAAAUGCCGGCAGUAGCACAAGGCCUUGAGGAGUAUGAUCAAGAUGAGCUCCUCAAGGUUGAUGGUGAGGGCCGUUGUAUCAUCACCGAUCAUGGUCAUUUUGUGCUUUUCAAUAUAUAUGGGCCUCGAGCAGAAAGUGACGAUUCCGAGAGGAUACAGUUUAAGCUCAUGUUCUUCAAGAUACUACAGAAAAGAUGGGAGAGUCUUCGGCAGGAGGGAAGGAGGAUAUUUGUUGUUGGUGAUCUCAAUAUUGCUCCCACUGCCAUGGAUCGUUGUGAUGCAGGUCCAGAUUUUGAGAAGAAUGAGUUCAGAAGAUGGUUUAGAUCUAUGCUAGUUGAGUCUGGAGGCCCUUUUUUUGAUGUUUUCAGAUCAAAACAUCCUGACAGAAGAGAAGCGUACACAUGCUGGCCAUCAAACACUGGAGCUGAACAAUUUAAUUAUGGGAGUAGAAUCGAUCACAUUCUUUUUGCUGGGUCAUGCUUGCAUCAAGACUAUGAGUUGCAAGGUCAUAACUUUGUUACUUGCCAUGUCAAGGAGUGCGACAUAUUGACAGAGUAUAAACGCUGGAAACCCGGAAAUACGCUGAGGUGGAAGGGAGGAUGGGGAAUAAAAUUGGAAGGUUCUGAUCAUGCUCCAAUGUGUACAAGUUUGGUAGAAAUCCCUGUCGUUCCUCAACAUGGCACCCCUUCUUUAUCUGCUAGAUAUCUCCCGAUGAUUCAUGGUCUCCAGCAGACUCUUGUGUCUGUUCUAUUGAAAAGACAAGCAUCUACACAAGUUCAAUCUUGCAGGAUGUCAACUUCAUUCUCAGAGGAAAAUGCUUCUAUAGAGAAAUGCAGUGAAAGCAUGAAAGGAUCGUUCAACAGAUGCAGCAUACAUGGGCUAACCACAAGUGACUCAUAUUCUUUGAAUGAAGACUCUGAAGGUGCCAUUUUGAGAACAGGCAAGAAAUCCAAGGAUAUCACUAAUGAGACCUGCCCCAACACCACUACUAUGUUGCACAGAAGCAAUGAUAGCUCAGUGCCUGAAGAGAAAACAAAGAAAAAGUUAAGAAAAAGUCAGUGGUCCCAGCUUUCCCUGAAAUCAUUUUUCCAGAAAAGUUCGAACAUCAGCAAUAGUUCUGAACACUCUUCAAUGGAUGUUUCACUUAGUCAAGCAGAUGUGGCCGACUCUAAUAGUCACCCAAAUGAAACUGUUGCUAAGGAUGGUCAAAUCAGCUCUGCCAAACAUUAUGAAUCAAUUACGGACCCUCAGGAUCAGAACGAGGUAAAUCAGAACGAGGUAAAUUAUGGCCCUUCAGACAAAGAGAAAAACAAUGUUGCUUUACAGGAGUGGAAAAGGAUACAACAACUCAUGCAGAAUAGCGUACCUCUGUGCAAGGGCCAUAAGGAACCGUGUGUUGCUCGGAUAGUGAAGAAACCAGGUCCUACUUUUGGCCGCAGAUUUUAUGUCUGUGCUCGAGCUGAGGGACCUGCAUCCAAUCCUGAAGCUAAUUGUGGCUAUUUUAAAUGGGCUUCUUCAAAAUCCCGGCAGAAAUGACUGACGAAAACUUUACAUGGUAAAUGAGCCUGUAAUUUUGUUGUAGACUUUUGCUCCUCUCUUAUCUCUUUGUUGUAGUCCUUUUCUUGAAGUCUCAUUGGAAGUUUCCGAUUGUCAGCUCGCAUUUGAGCUGUAUCAUCAUAUGAAUCAAGUAACUUAUUUCUGUGCAAUGGAAUGGCAAUAUCUUCAUAUUGGUUUACUCCAUGACUGCGGGCCCUUUCCCUUUGUUGCUCCUGUGGCAUUAUGGUUGAAGAGCCAAAUUUGUUUUUUAAGGGGAAAAAAUAUUUUAGAUGAUGAGAGAAAAACUGUUUUAUUAUUUUACUUUUCUUAUGAUAAUAGGGUAUGUUGAUAAAAUAAAAUUUUGAAAUAUAUUUGUUAUUAAACAUUAAAAUUAUUUUAAGGUUAAAUUUAAUGUGUUCAUAAGAAAUUUAAAGAGAAUGCAGUAUGUGCGUGUGUGCGCGCGUUUGUGGUAAGAUAAUAGGAUAAUAUAAUUACUUAAAAAAUAGUGUUUUUUUUAAGAAUGUAAUGUCGGCCUCCUAAUCACAAUCCUAAAUGGAGCAUGGAGAUUUUGUUCACCAAAACUUGAAAUACGCCCCUUGCCAUCUUCCUUCGGUCACUGAUUACACCAGGUAUUACUUUAGCUAGGCUUUCUAAAUUUGGUUCUGGCACGUAAGCUCUCGCUCUCCCUGAAUGUUGAUCUCAUAUGGUGUUGCCAUGAUCGUGCAGCUGCCUUCCAUUGUGUGUUGUUUAUUUGAAUUUGCCAUUGUGAUUAAAUAGAUAGUUGAUUAAGCAUGGCAGUUGCAUAUGGAUUUGAGUGAUGGGUUCCGCAGCUGAUGCCAAAAGUCUGCGCAGUAUGAAUAAACGUGCAUAACUGAGAAAGAUGCUUGCAAAGGGAUACAUGUCAGGGCAGCUCUUUGGCCAGACACCAAACUAUCCUUUCUCAAAAUUUGCAAAUCUUUCUCAGUUCAGAGAAAAUGCUUUAAAUCGGUACCCAACAAUUGACCUGACUAGCCUGAGUGACUGGCGCAAAAAUCCCAGAAUCAGUUGAUUUAGUUAGAGAGAAAACUGCUGAAAGUUUUGAAUUGGAAGAAAAGUCAUCAAGUGCAAGAGCGAGAAUCUAAUCUAGUAAAUGUCUUAGAAAACAAAUUUUCUGCAGAAGCUGCUUUGGAGAAAGUUACGUAUUUAUCCCCAGAUUAUAUUAGAUCCUGCUCGGCCUUUACUGAGGUUGAUGGUUUCUAUAUUUAAUUUCCCUUUGUGGUACCGACUUUGAAGUGGUCGGUCUAUCCAUUCUGGGUAUUGGUAAAGUUCAAGAAUGUUGGUGGAUUGAUUUUCAAAGAAAGUCAGGUUUUUUACUACCGGUUUUGAAGUGGUCGGCCUAUCCGCUCUGGGCAUGGUAAAGUUCAAGAAUGUUUGUGGUUUGAUUUUCAUAGAAAGUCGGGUUUUUUACUACCGGUCAAACCGGAUGAAAAGGAUGCACGUUCAUUUAGGUACACGGGUUAGGAUUUUAACGGUUCCUAUUUUUUAUAAUAUCUUAUUAAAAGGGCAACACAAACAAGAACAG